GGGCUACUUACCAUCACAGUAUGACAUUUAGCCAAAUCGUUGAUCAGGGGCUCCUUGGGGAAGCCCAAUGGAACGAGAGGAAGUUGAGAGACGCCGAGGAGGCGAAGAAAAGAAGAUGGGGAAACGCUGGACCCCAAGACCACUCCCGGAAGCAUCAUGCUGGGGGUGGCAGUUCAUUCAGGGCGCCGGCACCACCGGCGAAAAGGAACAAAGGUCCAGGAGGGCAAGGGGCCAAACCAAGGAGUACAUGGUCACCGAGGUGUGCAAACUGCGGCAAGAAUCAUGCGGGGAAGUGCAAUGAACCACCCCGGUGUUACAAAUGCGGUAGCACGAGCCACCUCAAAUCCUUUUGUCCAAUGCUGAACGGGGGAGGACCCUCGGGAGCCAUGGGAGGACCUACGACUAGUAGGGGACGUGCGGGGCCGUCUCAGGCCGGCACGGGAAGGAGCGGACCCACGGCUAGCAACGCCGCGUCCGUUAACCAAGGGAAGACCCAAGCACGGGUGUAUGCAAUGACCGAGGCUGAUGCUCGGGCCAACCCGGACUCCAUUGCAGGUUGAGGCUAGAGUCCUACUACCUGCACCUUUGCCUAGGGUGACUGAUCGAGAAGGAAGACGUGAAAUGGAGGGUGGACGCAGGAUAACUAGGAGGAACCCGACAGGGCAUGUGCAGGGGGCCACCGGGCAUGCCACUCGGGCGGAAUCACGGACCUCUAGGGGUAGAGGCCGGGGCCAAAGCCGAGGAGGGGGACGAGGCAGGGGUCGUGGGCGUUCUACCACGCCGACGACAAGUAGCACACGCGUCGGUUCCGUGCACCCGUCAUGGGCCACCGAACCGGACGACUUCACCUAUGCUCCAAGCACGGAGCAAGAGGAGACCCCGUACAACGGGGAGGACUUUGAGGAAGAAGAUGAGGAUGAUGAUCCUCAUUAUGAC